GUGUUGGCCUUAAAGCUAUAUCUCUUUCUCUACAAAAUAACUGUUUUCCUCUAGUUUGUGAGUUGGAUAUACUUUGGUAUCUUGGGUGAAAAAAUACCACUGCAUAACAAGUGCAUAACUUGAGCGAGAUCAAGAUGCGAUUUAAGCGAGUGUUAUUUGUUCUAUGCAUGAGCUGUGUAUCCAUAAUAACACUUUUCCUGUUCGGUAAAGAUGAUUUCAUUACGAGACUACAUAGAAAAGGAGAAAGGGUCGAGGUAACACGCGCUGCACCAACUUUAGAGUAUGACCCGGAAGGGAUUCAACUUACACAGGCGGAGAGGAAGCAACGUUUGAAUAGAGUCUGUAACCAACUGAAUCACACUAACAACAUUGAGAAACUGUCCAAUAAACAACUUAGCCAAAUUUAUAUUUUUCCCAAAUUAAAGAUGAUGUACUGCUUCGUACCCAAAGUGGCGACAACAAGUUUGAAACAAUUAUUGCUUGCGAUUCACGGAUAUCCAGAGUCCACCUAUGAUAAUCCACACAAAGAAUUCCCUCAUAGAUUUUUAAGGGUCAGCCAGUUUCUCAGGAACAAAACGAAAAAGAAGUUACUAGGAUACAAUCGCUCCCUGUUUGUUCGGAAUCCCUACACGAGGCUGCUUUCGGCGUUUCGGGACAAGCUACAAGACUAUCCGAAUGCUUUCACGGCUGAAUUACAGUCCAGAGUUAAGGAAUGGAUUCGAAAAUACGAACCGGAAUUGGCCAAAAAGUAUCCAUCAGACAGAAUCAGUUUUGAAGAAUUCGUAACGCAUUAUUUAAAAGCAGAUACCAAAAAUAUACAUUGGGGGGACAUGUUUGAGUUAUGCCAUCCAUGCACUUUUGACUAUGACUUCAUCGGUGACUACGAAACUAUCGAGUCGGAUAAAGGUUCCUUUCUAGAUCAAAUCAAGUCGGAUAUCCCACUACCGCCAUUGUCAAGGAAACCAACUCAUAGCUCAGAUGAUGGCAUUCUCUCGCAAUACUAUUCACUCUUAUCAGAUCACCUGCUGGAGGAACUAUCUAAUAGCCCUGGACUAACAAGAGACUGCAAACUAUUUGGAUAUGAAAUGCCGCCUUCCAUUCGCCGUAAUUUUACCGAGAUAACAGACAUUUAAUAAAUAAUAUAAUUUCGUUAUACCCGGAAUAAGGGUAUGAAAUAAAUUAUUUUUCUACUUCUGCAGGAACGAUUUUGUGACUUUUUCUAUAAAUUAAGUAUAUAUUUUAGCUAAUCCCCUGCUAAUUUUUCAAAUAGAUCAAUUGAACUAUGAGGGAAAUUGAUCCAGAUUAUCAUAAUUAUUGCACAUAAAAUUUUUAGCCAAAUAAAUAAAAUCGAUGCAGACAGUACGGAAUCUUUGAGAGAUUAAAGCACAUGGGACCCCGUUCAAUAAACUUGUUACAAGCCAGCUAUUAAAUCAUUCAAAUUUGAAUG